AUGAAGUUCUCCAUGAUCACCCCCAACGUCCUGCGGCUGGAGAAUGAGGAGAAGGUACUGCUGGAGGCCCACGACUAUUCAGGGAACAUUAGAGUCACGGUCAGCGUCUACGACUUCCCAGCCAAGAGGCAAAUGAUGUUCAGUGGGAACACUGCUCUGACCAAGGACAACAACCACAUGAGCACAGUCAGCAUCAAGGUCCCGGCCAGCAAGGAAUUAACAUCAGGGAAGGGGAAAAAAUUCGUGACCGUCCAGGCAGACUUCGGGAGCACUGUGUUGGAGAAGCUGGUGCUGGUCAGCUUUCAGAGCGGGUACCUCUUCAUCCAGACGGACAAGCCCAUCUACACCCCAGGCUCCACGGUCCUCUAUCGGAUCUUCACCGUCAACAAUGACCUACUGCCCGUGGGCUGGACCGUUAUCGUCACCAUCCAGACCCCUGACGAUGUUCUCAUCAAGAAGGAAAUCGUGGCUUUUCAGAAAGAGGUUGGCAUCUUGUCCCUGGCUUGGAACAUCCCAAAGCUGGUUAACUUGGGGCAGUGGAAGAUACAAGCCCACUAUGAAGAGGCCCCACAGCAGGUCUUCUCUGCUGAGUUCGAGGUGAAGGAGUACGGCAACGACAUGGUGGAGGCGGAGCACAGCGGGAUCUCCAUUGUGACCUCCCCCUACCAGAUCCACUUCACCAAGACGUCCAAGUUCUUCAAACCAGGCAUGCCCUUUGACCUCAUGGUGUUCGUGACAAAUCCCAAUGGCUCUCCUGCUUGUGAUGUCCCUGUGGUGACCCAGUACUCCAAAGGUUACUCCCGCACCCAGGACGAUGGUGUGGCCAAGCUGAUCAUCAACACACACAAAAGCUAUACGUCCCUGCCCAUCACUGUAAGCACUAAGAAGGAUGGCAUCCCGGACUCACGACAGACCACCAGGACUAUGACUGCCCAACCCUACAAGACCAUGAGCAAUAACUACCUGCAUGUCUCUGUACCUCGUGUGGAGCUCAGGCCGGGGGAAGAUCUCAAUGUCAACUUCUACCUGCGAAUUGACCCCACCACCACCCAGGAAAACAAUAUCCGCUACUUCACCUACCUGAUCAUGAACAAAGGGAGGCUGUUGAUGGCAGAGCGCCAGAAGCGGGAGCCAGGCCAGGAAAUGUAUGCACUGCCCCUGACCAUCACUGAAGACUUCAAUCCUUCCUUUCGCCUAGUAGCUUAUUACACCUUCAUUAACAACAAGGGCCAGAGGGAGGUGGUGGCCGAUUCCGUGUGGGUGGAUGUCAAGGACUCCUGUGUGGGCAAGAUGGUGGUGAAAGACGGCAGAAAGGAAGAAAGGGUGCACCUACCUGGGCAGCAGACGAAGAUCAAGAUCGAGGGUGACCAGGGGGCCCAAGUGGGGCUCGUGGCGGUGGACAAGGGCGUGUUCAUGCUGAACAAGAAGAACAGGUUAACUCAGAGCAAGAUCUGGGACGUGGUGGAGAAGGCAGACAUCGGCUGCACUCCCGGCAGCGGGAAGGACUAUGCUGGCGUCUUCACGGACGCGGGGCUGGCCUUCAAGACCAACAAAGACCUGCAGACCCCGGAUCGGACAGACGGAGUGCAACGAGAGGAGAUCCACGCCGCAGACCUCAGUGACCAAGUCCCAGACACAGAUUCAGAGACCAAGAUCCUCCUGCAAGGGUACACCCGGCAGCUGGCCUACAGACAGGACAACUCAGCCUAUGCUGCCUACCGAUCCCAGGAGCCCAGCACCUGGCUGACUGCAUACGUGGUCAAGGUCUUCUCUCUGGCCUCCAACCUCAUUGCCAUUCAGGCCAAUGUCCUCUGCGGGGCUGUCAAAUGGCUGAUUCUGUAUAGGCAGAACGGCAGUGGGGCCUUCCAGGAAGAUGGGACCGUAUUUCAACAGGAAAUGACUGGGGGCUUCCGGGAGAAUGAGGAGAAGGAUGUGUCCCUCACAGCCUUUGUUCUCAUUGCGCUCCAAGAGUCUAAAGAGUUUUGCAACAAGAGAAGUUGGGGGGAGCCUGGCAAGAGGCUCUACAGUGUGGAGGCCACAUCCUAUGCCCUCUUGGCCCUACUGGUGCUCAAAGACUUUGACUCUGUACGUCCUGUUGCGAGCUGGCUGAAUGAGCAGAAAUACUAUGGAGGCGGCUAUGGCUCCACCCAGGCCACCUUCAUGGUGUUCCAAGCCUUGGCCCAAUACCAGAAGGAUGUCCCUGACCACGAGGACCUGAACCUGGAUGUAUCCAUUGAUCUACCUGGCCACAGCUCUGUCAUCAUGUACAGAAUCCUCUGGGAGUCUGCUAGCCUCCAGCGGUCAACAAAGACCGAGAAAAACGAGAAUUUCAUAGUAACAGCUCAAGGAAAAGGACAAGGUACCUUGUCGGUGGUGACAACGUACUAUGCCAAGCUCAAGGCCAAACAGACCUGCAAGAAGUUUGACCUCAUGGUAGCUCUCCGACGAGCUCCUGAAGACGUCAAGAGGCCUCAGGAUGCCCUGAACACCAUGUUCCUUGACAUCUGCACCAGGUACUUGGGAGACAAGGAUGCCACCAUGUCGAUCCUGGAUAUAUCUAUGAUGACUGGCUUUUCUCCUGACACUGGUGACCUUGACGUGUUGAGUGCUGGCAUCAACAGAUAUAUCUCUACGUAUGAGCUGAACAAGGCCUUCUCACAGAAGAACACCCUCGUCAUCUACCUGGACAAGAUCUCACAUGACCAGGAGGACUGUCUGACCUUCAAAGUGCACCAGUACUUCAAGGUGGGGCUUAUCCAGCCUGGGUCAGUCAAGGUGUACUCCUAUUACAACCUGGAUGAGAAUUGCAUCCAGUUCUACCACCCAGACAAAGAAGACGGUUUACAGAGCAAACUCUGUCACAGAGACGUGUGCCGCUGUGAAGACUGCUUCAUGCACCAGGUGAACAAGGUCUCCCUGAGUGACCGUCUGGACAAGGCCUGUGAGCCAGGAGUAGACUAUGUGUACAAGACCAGGCUUCUCAAGAAAGAGCUGUCACAUGACUUUGACGAUUACAUAAUGAUCAUCGAGCAGAUAAUCAAAUCAGGCUCUGAUGAGGUGCAGGCUGGUCAGGAGCGCAGGUUCAUCAGCCACGUCAAGUGCAGAGAGGCCCUGAGGCUGCAAGAGGGGAAACACUACCUCGUGUGGGGCAUCUCUACCGACCUGUGGGGAGAGAAACCCAACAUCAAGUACAUCAUCCGGAAAGACACCUGGGUAGAGCUAUGGCCUGAGGCCGGUGAAUGCCAGGAUGAGGAGAAGGAGAAGCAGUGCCAAGACCUGGCCAACUUCACUGAGAACAUGGUUGUCUUCGGUUGUCCCAACAGACCCUCCCCAUAACCCCCACAAUAAAGCUUUACUUAGAGUUCA